AUGGGGCGGCUGGGCUGGCGGGCGGCGGCCGUGGCGGCCGCGGGCCUCUCGGUGGCCCUGGAGCUCCUGCCCUGGCUGCUGCGCUGGCUGCGGGCCGGGCGGGCGCGGCGGGCGCGGCGCGAGGUGCUCUUCUUCCCGUCGCAGGUGACGUGCACCGAGGCCCUGCUCCAGGCGCCCGGCGCGGCGCCGGGGCCCGCGGGCUGCCAGUGCAGCCUGCCGCACUGCGAGAGCUCGCUGAGCCGCCUGCUGCGCGCCCUGCUCGCCGCCCGCGCCAGCCUCGAGCUCUGCCUCUUCGCCUUCUCGAGCCCGCAGCUCGGGCGCGCCGUGCAGCUGCUGCAUCAGCGCGGCGUGCGCGUGCGGGUCGUCACCGACUGCGACUACAUGGCGCUCAACGGCUCGCAGAUCGGCCUGCUGCGCAAGGCGGGCAUCCAGGUGCGCCACGACCAGGACCUGGGCUACAUGCACCACAAGUUCGCCAUCGUGGACAAGAAGGUGCUGAUCACGGGCUCGCUCAACUGGACCACGCAGGCCAUCCAGAACAACCGCGAGAACGUGCUCAUCCUGGAGGACGCCGCCUACGUGCGCCUCUUCCUCGACGAGUUCGAGCGCAUCUGGGACGAGUUCGACCCCGCCAAGUACACCUUCUUCCCGCACGCGCACGCGCGGCGGGGCCGCUGA